CGAUAUCGAAAGGCCUUUUUUUAACAAUUGUCAAUGACUUUCUCACCUUUUUCUUUACAGACUCUCAUUAAUGCGUUACACCUCGAAGAUAGCCAACAGGCUUCUCAAAAUUCUGGAGGUGGAAGUAGAUUAUUUGGAACGGGAUGGGGAAUUAAAGAUACUCAAGUUACAGUAGAGUCGGUUGAGGCUUGGGAAAAUAAUUUAUAUUUAGGCACUUCGGAUGGAUAUUUAAUUCAUUAUUUAAUCGAUGGUCAGGUUUCAUCCGAUAAUAAUGUAUCGAGUAACUUUCGUCUUAGUAAACAACCUCUUGGGAAAAGGAUAGUUGAGCGUAUAAUGCUUUUUCCUCAAAUCAGAACUGCCGUUAUAUUGUGUGAUUCGACCUUAUCUUUUUACUCGCUUCCCGAGAUUAUUGCAUUGCCGACACCAGACUUUCAACCGAUUAGAGGUGUUACAUGUUUUUGUCAUGAUAUUUCGAUGGAAGGAAAAACUGAAGAAGAUGGAUCAGUAAGAAUAUGCGUAAUGAAGAAAAGGAUGUUACAUAUUUACUCGUUGACAUCAGAGAGAUGCACUGAAGUGACAUCUAUGCAAGUUCCGGAUGGUGCAAUUACGGCAUGUCAAUAUGGACCAUAUGUAUGUGUAGCGGACACGCGUCGUUAUAAGAUGAUUAAUUUGUUAGCCAAACGGAUGGAAGAAUUAAUUCCGUAUGAAUCAUCUGUUAAUGGCGAUAUGUUUAGACCUAUAAUUACUGUUAUUAGAGAAGGAGAAUUUUUGUUGACCGCGCCGGCCAAUGCUGACCAUGUGACAAUUGGACAUUUUAUUGCAUACACAGGGGAUGCUGUUCGCGGAACAUUACAAUGGGAAAAUUUUCCAAGAGCGAUCAGUGUUGAAUUUCCUUUCGUUGUUGCGUUAUUGCGUAACAAUGUGAUAGAAGUUCAUAAUAUAAUUGAGCAAAAACUUGUUCAGAGUAUAAAACUUAAGUCAAGGCUAAGGACAAUUUCAACUGGACCUGGUAUUAAAGUUCAGGUCGCCGGAUUAAUGGAUAGGUUGAAAUUGGAAAAUGGAUAUUUAUUUAAUGAAGACAAUAAUUCCCAUUUAGAUAAUAAUAUUUUUUCAAAUGUAGAUAAUGACAAGGCUAAAUCAAAUAAUAACCAAUCCAACUUUUUAGCAACAGUUCCCACUCGACUUAUAAUCGCAGGAAGCGAAUCUGUUGUUGCUUUAGCAGCAACACCUUUUGCAGUCCAGAUUGAUUCAAUGCUCGAUGCUUCUCGCGUAGAAGAAGCUAUAGAAUCGUCUAAACGAAUGAUGACAACAGCAACUCCAGAGAAUGUCCAUAGUGAAAGAAUGCGUCAUGAGUUCAAUUAUAUUCAACAAAAAUCCGGUUUCCUCUAUCUUGGAGAAACGUUUUUCGAUAUGGCUCUUCCGCUUUUCGAAGAAGGAAAUACUGAUCCUAGGUUAUUGAUUCAAUUAUUUGAAGACAUGAAAGAUAUUAUCAGAAAUGACGAUAAUUUUACAGUCUAUUCCGGUGUAAAAGCAGUUAUUGAACGUCUUAUCAGCAUCGAUAAUAUUGUAUCACGUGAUUCGGUUGAUUGUAAAACUCUAAUUACGAAUGCGAAAGAAAUGCUACUAAUGUUUUUAACAAAUGAUCGCGAGAAGCGAGUAGUUAAAGGGAAAGCUUUGAAGCCGGAUGAAAGAUGCAUUUUGAGGGCUGUUGAUAAUGCUUUAUUAAGGUUAUACGCUAGUUCUGAUAAGCCUGAAUUGGAUAAGCCAUUAAAUUCUUUAUUAGAAAAUCCUAAUGAAUGUGUGUUAGAACUUAGUGAAAAUAUUCUAUUAGUGAACAAGAAAUAUUAUCCUUUAACCUUACUUUAUAAAGAUAACAAAGAAUUCAGAAAAGCUUUGGAAAUAUGGAAACGGAUUAUCGAAGAGAAUAACUCAGAUCAAGACAUUCCGUAUGGUUUACAACAAAUGGCAAAUAUACUCGGAAAGUUAGUUGACCCUGACUUAAUAUGGGAAUAUGCAAGUUGGGUUGCAAAGCUAGAUGAAGUUAUUGGAGCUAAGAUAUUUAUGCAACCAAAUUUAAGACGUCCUUCGUUGAUCGAACCUGGUUUGGUUUUGGAUCAUUUAAGAUCGAUUGGAAAGAAAGGGUUAAAAAUGUACUUGGAAUACUUGGUUACACAACGAAAAAGCAAUGAGGAAAAGCAUCAUACAGAACUGGCAUUCUUGUAUAUAGAAGAAUUAAAAAAUUUAUUGCAAUCAGAUGAAGCAAAAGCGAAGAUUGAAGAAAUAACAAAUGAUUUUAUAAGCUUGAAAGAUCCGGCGAAGACAUAUUUGUCGUUCUUACAAAAUCAACCAACGGAAGAUUUAUUAUCACACGAAAGAGCCAAAUUAAUGAGUUUCUUACAAACUUAUAUACGAUAUGAUGCAGAAGUAGUUUUGAAUAAAUUGCUUGAAAUUCCAGUGUUAAAAGCUGAAUUAGCUAUUGUAUAUGGGAAAUUGAAUGAACACGAGAAAGCUUUAUGUAUAUUGAUUAAUGAUUUAAAAGAUUUUCGUGGAGCGGAAGUUUAUUGCUUAUAUGCCGGUCGGAUGGUCUGUAAAUUAUCAUCUAAAAAACAGGCAGAUAAAAAAAUCGUGGAAGAUAAGAAUUUGGUUGCUACAAGACGUACUUUAUUUCUAAUGUUAUUAAAAGUUUAUCUACAAAUACAAAAUGAGAAUGGAAUGGUUGAAGAAAUAAUAAAUUUGUUGAAUGCGCAAGCAGUGUAUUUAGAUACCACAGAGGUUAUGGGAUUAUUACCAGAAUGUUGGUCAGUUGAAAUGUUAAACGAAUUCUUGAUUCGUUCAUUAAGACAAAAUUAUCAUGAUUAUAGAGAAGGACAAGUUCUAAAAGGGUUAUGUCGUGGCCAAAACACCAUAACAAGUUUUGAGUUAUACCAGGCCUAUCAAAAAAUUGGACCAACUGUAAUAGAUCAAAAUAGAUUAUGCUCAAAAUGUAAAAAGUAUAUCAGCGGAUCAAAUUUCAUGAGGCAACCAAAUGGUGAUAUUGAACAUGUUCAGUGUAAUUUUGAACAAAGAGAGGAUAUAAAUAACACUAAUGGCGUUAACGGUACUGCAACAGUUUCGGAUCCCUUAAGCAAUAAUAUUUAAAAAAAAAACUAUAUACUAUUUGUCUGUAUAAUAAUAACUUAUUUUUUUAAAUAGAUUAGAAAAAUGUUUUGAAUUGUAUAUUGUAUAAAGUAAACUUAAAAAGUUUUGGGAAUUAAUAGUUCUAUAUUAUAUUGAAUGGGUUUAAAUUCAUUAACUGGCUUUUUAUUUAGUAUCUGAAGACAACAAUGUUUUUGAUGGGUGAAAUCCUAUUUGUCAUUCAUUGUAAUAUUGUGCCAGUAGCAAAAUAAAAAAGUUUUAUAAAUGAUUCGUGCUCAUUAUAGGAAAAGUGUAGAUUAUUAAAAGUUUAUUAUACAUUGAUGAUCGAG